AUGAAAGUUUCAAAAAAAUUUGUCGUCGUCACCUCAAUAAUUCCUCCAAGUGAAGAUAUAAAGGCUUUAGCAACAAAUGAGAAUUGGACAGUGGUUGUCGUGGCAGACCAGAAAACGCCAAAAGAUUGGUACUCUCCGAAAGUGCAUUUUCUAAGUGUCGAAAUACAAAAUGACUUAGGCUACAGCGUGUUGAAACAUGUGCCAUACAACAGUUAUACGAGGAAGGUCAUUGGCUAUUUGUACGCUAUUGAGAGAGGGGCUGAAUGGAUAUACGACACAGACGAUGACAACAAACCUUAUGAAAUGCCUCUACAGCAGGGUAAGUUUAUUCUAUCGCCUGCACUUUUCCAAACAUACAGUUUUUUUGGAAGACCAGAUAUAUGGCCACGAGGCUUUCCGCUGGAAUAUGUUAAAAAGCAAAAGAAUAAUCCUCAUCAGUACUCGCUCUGUCGACAGGUUAAAACACCUGUAAUACAACAAGGAAUUGUCAGAAAGGACCCAGACGUAGACGCUAUCUACAGGCUUUUAAAUGCCGAGCCGGAAAUUGGUUUGAACGAAGAAUUUAGUCCGUUUGCACCUACAGUUGUACUUGGAACAAACGUUUAUUCGCCAUUCAAUAGCCAAAAUACACUGUUCCAUAAGUCAGCAUUUUUUACUCUUUGGCUGCCAGUGUCAGUGGCUUUCAGAGUAACAGAUAUCUGGCGCUCUUAUUUUGCUCAAAAACUAAUUCAUCUAAUAGGAGAAAACAUCGCUUUUUAUCCCGUGAAUGCGGUCCAGAAUAGAAAUCCACAUAACUAUCUGAAUGACUUCAAGGAGGAGAAAUUGCUGUACGGAGAUGCUGGAAGAAUGGUGGGAUAUUUGUCAGAAUGGAACUGCUCUAAAACGCUGCUAGAAGAGUGUAUAGUGAGCUUGGCUGAGGAUUUUGCCCUUAAUGGAUUUUGGGAAAAGAGCGAUGUCUACUUGGCCAAAGCGUGGGUGGAUGACCUUAAAAAACUGAAUUAUACGUUGAUGAAAUUUAUAUGUCCUUAUAGUUGCAAAGUAAUCAUUGAGCUAAUUAUAAGAUUUCCGUUGAUGACUGAUGACAAUGAAAAAUACGAGACGGAAAGGAAUGAAACAAUUCGACAUAUAAACUGCAGAAGAGCAAAUCUAGAAAUAGUCCACGACGUGAAAAACGCGACAACGUUUGAAAUACGGAAGGAACAACAAGCUAUUAACUCGUUCAGAGAGUUAGACGAGUGGUGUAACUAUACUGACGACAGUUUUAACGAAACGGAUGUGCAGUGCGAAUUCGCUGACCGUUUGGCUGCGAAGCAUUCUAAUAGCAGAUUGAAGGAAUACGAACAAAUUGCAUAUAAAAACUUUCCACGCCUUCAUCCUAAAAUGAACUACAUUCACCUCGCAGAAUCUCAAAUGGUCAAAGGCUACUUCGGUUUUUACUGUGCUACAAAAGCAAUAGAACUUCGCCUACAGAAC